AAUGUAUUCGAGCACGUUUGCACCAUCAAAUGCAGGAGUGACUGGCCUUAACGGUUCGGCGUUUGGAUCGAAUGCGACGUGGUCACCGACCUAUGCAAAUGGUACGGUGCCUGCUGCACCUAGCAGUGGGACUUCUUCGGCUGUGAAUGGAAGCAGUAUUGCUACGAUGCCUCCAGGUGGUUCGUUCAGUGGUG